AUGGAUAAUUCGAGUGUUGAUAUUUGUAGUACGGUAGAUUCUUUAGAUACAUGCGUUGCAACUGAAUUUUCAUACGUUGAACAAGCAUAUAGAGUUGAAGAUAAUGAUACAGUUAAUUUGGAAGCUUUGGCAAGUUUAUUUAUAAAUAAUGAUGAAUGGCGAGUGAAUGGAACUGUUCCUUUCAUGAAGGAUGGAGAAGUUUUGGAACAUAUCUUAUAUUAUUUACCUUCUUUGGAAAAUCCUGCAAAAGAACAAUUUAUAGAACGUUUAAUAUGUUUUGCAGAAUAUUCCGAUAUGAAUAAAUGGAUUAUGUUCGAAAAAAAUACUACUAGUAGUCUUUUAAGAGAAAUAAUUUGGAAAGCAUAUCAAAGAGAUAAAGUCGCAGAAUUAACCAUGAGACUUUUGGAUAUUAUUUGUUCAUAUUCUGUAAAAGUUUAUGAUGUGAAAUUGAUAUUAAAUAUGAUUUGUAACAAAUAUGAAGGUGAUACGACUUAUCAAGGGGAUUCAGCUUGGUAUCAAGGCGUGUUAUUAAAAUUAUUAUAUUCAAUUUCACAAAGACAGAAUACUUCAAAUUUUUUUUAUCUUAGAGGAAUUGAAUCAGGAAUAGAAAUAUCCUCAAUAGAUAAAUUUCCAUCAAAUGGUUAUUCUUUUUUUACUUGGAUUAAAUUGGAUCCGACUCCAUCACCAAAAGAAUUAAUAGGUUCUAAAGAAUAUGUACCAAGACUUUUUUCCUUUUUUACAGAAAAAGGAGAUGGGAUAGAAGCUUAUUUUGAAAAUAAUGAAUUAGUAUUCUGUUGUAAAAAAGGAAAAGAUGAAUCGACAGUUGUUAUGAAUAAUUUUAAGUUCACACAAAAAAAAUGGUAUUUUAUUGCUAUAUCUCAUAAUACAGCAAAACGUGGAUGGACUUCUACUCCAGCGGAAAUAACAGUUGUUGUUGAUGGUAAUAUUACAUUCAAAUCUCGUUUAGAAUAUCCGGCGGAUUUUUAUUUUUCACGUCCUUUUAAAUAUUGCGCGAUUGGAGCAUCAAUGUUAUUGAAACCAUCAUCAAGUUCCGAUAAUGAUUCAAAUUCUUCAUUAUCAAACGCAUUUUAUAAUUGUUUACGUGGUCAAAUUACUACUUUAUAUAUGAUAUGUGAUAUUCUUACGAAGGAACAAAUUUUGGACCUUUACGCUCUUGGAAAAAAUAAUGCUUCACAAUUUCUACCUUAUCAAGAAAAUGGAAUGAAAAGUGAUCUCUUUGAUGGUAUAUUUUGUCAAAAGAUUCUUUUCAUCUUUCACGUGAAAGCGUCAGAAAAUCAGAAAUGUUUUAACUUAUCACCUCGUUAUCAAUCAUCUCAAGAUUCAUUUACUGCUACUUUAUAUGGGGUGGAAAAAUGUUCAACUCUUAGUUUACAAAAUGCAAUACAUUUUCUUGGGGAUCUUGAAAUUUUAUUCCCUAUGAUAAUGAGAUUUGAUGAUUUGGGUUCCGUAAAUUUACAAGCUCCACUUGAAUCGCAGGACGAUUUUUUUGAUUCUGAAGGACCAUGCAAAUCUUUCUUCUCCCUUUUAUCAUCAUUACUUCAAAAUAAUGAAAGGAGUCAAAAACACGUUAUUAAAUCUCGAGGGAUUAAAGUUAUUAGUCUUUUACUUCAACAAGUAGGUCCCCGACAUUUUUCAAUAUCAGCUUUUAAAAGUAUGAUAGCUUUGGCUAGCUCUUUAUCAUCUAAUGAGGAGCUUUCACGUGAGGUUUUCUCAAAUCUUGUUUUUGAAUUUAAAUUAUGGAUGUACGCGUCUAUUGAAAUUCAAAAAUAUUGUAUUGAUUCUUUGAAAAAUUUUGUGGAUGCAAGAAAACAAAUGUGUAGAAAAUUAUUUGGUAUUCAAUUCUUUUUGGAUAUUUUACAAAAUAUUUAUUGGUAUAAACAAGGAGAAUAUUCUGCUUUACAUAGACAUCCUACAGCAGGAGUUACAAGGCCUAAACCAUCACAACUUAAGGAACUUCGAGGAAUGUUAAUUAGUAUCAUUCAUGGUUAUUUUAAGGAUGGUGUCACAAAAGAUGAGACAUUAUUCUUAUUUAGAAAUAUUUUAAACAGUGAUGAUGAUACUCAUGUGCAUGAGAUAUUAACUUUACUUUUUGAUUUAUUACAAACAAAGAAGGAAGUGGUCGAUAUAUUUUUUUCUUAUAGAGGAUUCGAAAUUAUUUGUGAACUUUUGAAAAGACGUGAUGAGAAUGUACGAAUAGAUUGUAUUAAAAUUUUCACAUUUUUAAUAACGAGUCCAUUAACGCCACCAAAUUUUAUCAAAAAAUUACGAUUCGAAGAUACGGAUCCUAUUAAUUUGAUAAAAUUAAUGUAUAAUGCACCAAUGACUAUCGAUAUUUAUCAUGCUUUAUUAAAUUGGUCAUUAGAACAAUAUAAUAAUAAUAUUUUUGAAUUUACUGAAAAAAUUAAUGAAGGAUUUCCUUUAACAUUACCUCAAAUAAAAAAUUUUCGAAUAAUUUUAGUUAUAUUAGCAUUAUUAGAUUCAGAAGGAACGAAAAGAAUUGUUCAAUGUAAAAUUCUUGAAUCUUUAAUCAAAAUUUUCAAAAAAAAUAUUUCAUAUUGUUCUGAACUUAAUCAAUUUUGGUUUUGGCAACGUUAUCUUAUUAGACUUAUACCAAUUUAUGGAGGUCAAGAAGGUGUACUUACUGAAAGAGAGAAUAAAGAUACAGCAGAUUGGGCAUUUGAAUUUAUAGCAAAUGUUAUUUGGAAUUUAUUUGAAAUUGAUAAAACUUCUUAUAGAACUGUUGAAGAAACUAUUAUAUAUAUUUGGUCUACUGAUCGUCAAGAUUGUUUGGAAUGUAAUCGAUCUUUCCUUAGUCAAUUGUUUUCUCUUAUUUUACAAGAUAUUAAGAAUUCAUAUGUUGCAUCAUUCGCCAUUACUAAAUUGCAAAAUAUAAUGAAUCUUUUGGCUACAACUGAAGAAAUACUUUUUAAUCAUAAAGAUUUGGUACAAACAUUUAUUCAAAGACAAUCUACUCAUAUUCUAAGAAGUUCAUCACAAUCUGAAAGUUACCCUUCUUCAAUAAAUUCCGGUCAUGAUUCCAAUAUUUCCAAAACAAAUAAAUUUGAUGAUAAUAUAAUUCAAAAAUUGGAAGCUACAUUUACUUCACAAAAAUGUGAAGAAAUGAUCUAUCAAAGUGCUAGUAAUCCUUGGGAAGAGAAUCAAAUUCUUGCUAAGGUAUAUUUAGAAAUUGUAGAUAUUUUAGAUAGAACAGGUAGUUGGAGAUUAGACUUACCGGCUAAGAGUGAAAGGGUACCUGGUGAGAUUUGUAGAAUGGUUUUAAGAACAUUAAUUGCUGGUAUUUCUAUUCCGGAUCGUGAAUUACGUGAUCAAUCUCUUGAUCAUAUGACAGGAUUUAUUGAAAGGCAUAUAAAAGUAACUUUUACGGAUUCAAAGACUGGAAAAAAAGAAUCACCGGAUGAAUUUCGUUGUCAGGAUAGUGAUGUUUUUCAACGACAUAUUCUUAUGUUAUUGGGAGAAAUGCACGAAAUUUUCAUGACCACACAGACAAAUGGUUCAUAUGAUGAAAAAGUAACAUUCACUUAUUACUUUGUUAUGCAUAAAUGUAAAGAUUAUUUGAUUCAUCUUAGUGAUGAUGGAUCAUUUAACGAAACAUUUGAUUCAAUGUGGGUUGGGAAAAAUUUCAAUAGUCAUAUUUUUACACAAUUCGUUACAUCUCGUAGUUGGAUAUCAAUACAUAAUAAACAUAUUGUACCUGCAAUGAAAGCUGCAAAUGAGGAUGAAUUUACAAUGGUACGAAAAAUGGUAGACCGAUUUUCAAAAAAGGUUAAUAUGCUUUUACAUCGUUUCAAGAAGGAAGAUUCAACAUCUCUUAAACUAGAAGAAGUUUUUGACAAUGAAAUGACUUUAAUUAUUAAGUCUUAUAAGGAUGAAGAAUCAAAUAGAUUGACUAGUGUUCAAGCUGAUAAGAAGAAUGAUGAUAUGCGUACUUCUAGGAAAUGGUUAUCAAAGUUUCAUGAAUUAACACAAGAACGUGGCGUUUGGUCUUUAUCACGUCAAACUGAUUUACAUUGGAAACUAGAUAGAAGAGAAAAUUAUUCUAGAAUGCGAAGAAAAUUAACUAUAAACUAUGAUUAUGAUGCUCAUCGUGAAGCAAGUGCAAAAAGAGAUAAAACUCCUAUUGAAGUUUCCUCAAAUAAAUCAAAGAUACAAAGACUUAAGAAAGCUAAUACAGAUAACGGUAAUAAUUCGACUCCAUUAUUAAAUGCCGUAGAACCAUGGACAGAUGGAUGGGGAUUCAGUGGAUCUUCUUUAAUAUCAGAAUCAGAUAGUCUUGCUUCAUCGUCUGAGGAUCAAGAAUGGAAUCUUAUAGCUGGAGAUAAAGUAGUUGAAACUAUUGAUAUCUCUUCUGAUAUGAAAUUAUUCUCUACAGAAUGUGAAAUGAUUGUUCUUCUUUCUGCGAUCAAAGGAAGAAUUGAACUUACGUCAACUCAUCUUUGUUUCUUUGUGGAUAGACGUAAUUUAUUGCAAGAACUUAAUAAUAUUGAACAAGGAUCUAUAGUUGUGGAUAGUGAGAUUUUACGUGAUAAAAAAUGGCCAAUUUCUGACAUAAGAGAAAUUCAUAUACGAAAUUAUAUGUUGAGACGAAGUGCGUUAGAAUUAUUUUUAACGGAUCAAACAAAUUAUUUUUUCAAUUUCUCAGAACCGAAAGAUAGAUUACGUUUAUUUAAUAAAAUUACAUCACUCAAACCUAGUUCAAUGAAAAAUCAGGAUACUAAAUCUCCUAAAACAAUAUUUCAAAGAUCAAAUUUAACUGAACGGUGGAGAACACAUGAAAUAUCAAACUUUGAAUACCUUAUGCAUUUAAAUAGUAUUGCUGGAAGAUCUUUUAAUGACUUAACACAAUAUUUCGUAUUUCCUUGGAUUUUAAAUGAUUAUGAAUCAGAAAGUUUAGAUUUAUCUGAUCCUAGUAUUUAUCGUGAUUUAACAAAACCAAUUGGAGCUUUAAAUCCCGAUCGUUUAGAACAAUUUGUAGAACGUUACGAGAGUUUUGAAGAUCCAUCAGGAAGGAUUAAAAAAUUCUUUUAUGGAACUCAUUAUUCAAGUGCUGCAACCGUAUCUUGUUAUUUAAUUCGAUUGGAACCAUUUACUUCUGUUCAUAUUUCUUUGCAAGGAGGCAAAUUUGAUCAUGCAGAUAGACAAUUUCAUUCUUUACAAGAGACAUGGAAUUCCGUACUUAGUGCAAGUGGAGAUGUUCGAGAAUUGAUUCCGGAGUUCUUUUAUCAUCCCGAAUUUCUUACGAAUCAUAAUAAUUUUGAUCUUGGGGUCAAACAAGAUGGUACGCGUGUAGAUAACGUAGUUUUACCAAAGUGGGCAAAGACUCAAGAAGAAUUUAUACGUAUUCAUCGAGAAGCAUUAGAAUCAGAUUUUGUUUCGGAAAAUCUACAUCAUUGGAUAGAUCUUAUUUUUGGAUAUAAACAAACUGGAGAAGAAGCAGUUAAUGCUUAUAAUGUAUUUUAUUAUUUGACUUACGAAGGGGCAAUAAAUAUUGACAAUGUUCAAGAUCCUAUUGAAAGAAAGAGUAUAGAACAACAAAUUUACCAUUUUGGACAAACUCCGACUCAAUUAUUAACUAGACCUCAUCCGAAACGACAUCUUAGCAAAGAUUUUUUGAAAAAAGAUCUUUUAUUAUCCUCAGAUCAUGAACAUCAACGGUUUUUAAUUGAUUUGAAAUGUGGUCGAUUACAUCUGGCAGAUUUACCAAAACCCGAUAAUGAAAUGCACUCUAUAAGUGAUAUGCAACAAGUUAUUACAAUUGAUGAAAAUGGUAUAAUUGGUUGUCAUCGAGUUUUAAGAAAAUCAACUGCACCGGAAAUACCUUUUACUGUGGAAGUUGAUCCUAGUUUAAAGUAUAAGAGUAAAUUGGAUAGUCCAUAUUAUUAUGAUGUAGUGAUCUCACCUAGGUGCUUUGCGUGCAGUAAAGAUGGGAAAGUUAUCAUUAGCACUGGUCACUGGGAUGACACAAUGAAAGUGACUUUAACUGAAACAGGACGAACUAUUGAUAGUAUUUCGGGAAAUGAUGAUAUCCUUUCAAUAGCAAUAAGUGAAGAUGGACGAAUUAUCGUAACAGGGAAUAGAAGUUCAAAUUUAUUAUCAUGGAAGGUCAAUUUGACAAGUGAUAAUGAAUUUUUGAAUAUUGAACAUACACCCUUACGUUCAUUCUAUGGUCAUGAUGAUGAGAUUACAUGCAUCGUUGUUAAUGCGGAACACGACAUUUUGAUAAGUGGAUCCAGGGAUGGAACAUGUAUAGUACAUUCACUACAACAUGCUAAUUAUAUUCGAACUUUGCGACCUCUGCAUGAUCUGGAUGCGAUUGUCGAAUUCGUUUGUAUAUCAAAAGAUGCGAACAUUAUAGUGUACACAGAAGUAAACGAGGAAUAUUUUCUACAUACUUACAGUGUAAAUGGAAAAUUACUUAAUUUUAUCAAAAUAUCUGAUCGAUUAAAUCAUAUGAUUUCUGCACCGGAUAAGAAUAUAAUACUUACAUCUAAUGAUAAAGGACAGAUUACUGUAUAUUUUGCUCUUAGUUUGGAAGUCAGUCAUGAAUUUAGUGUACCAUUGAUUGGUAGAUGUAUUAGGUUAGGUGGUAAUAAUAGACAAUUAUGGGUAGCAGGGGAUGAUGGUAAACUAUUUAUCCUUUCACAUAAUGCUGCACAUUAUGAUAAGUUAAUUUAA